AUGGCUUCUCAAUGGCGGAGAGACAACGACAAUGGUCCUGCUGAUCGGUCCCCACACUUUUUCAAGAUUAUUCUGCCGAAUGCUGUUCAGGAAGGAAAGCUUCGGAUUCCAGAUAAGUUCGUGCAGAAAUUUGGAGUGGAUCUGUUAGAUAUGGCCUUUCUCACUAUUCCAAAUGGUAGAAAAUGGAAAGUCAAGUUGACACAACAUGCUGGGGGGGUUUGGUUUCAAAAUGGUUGGUCCGAAUUUGCAAGCUCUCAUGGUGUAGCCGUGGGGCACUUGCUGGUUUUCAAAUAUGAAGGAAAUUCACACUUUGAUGUACUCAUAUUUGAUGCCACUACAACAGAAAUAGACUAUACUUUAGACGACGAACUCCAAGUUCAUAGGAUCGAAGAUGAUGAGAGUGAUGACAGCUCUGUUGAAAUCAUCAAACACUUUUAUAGGGGAGAGGGUUCAGGAUCAGCCCAUCCUAAGAAAGACGGUGGUGUAGCUGAAAAUCUUGCUAUAGCCAAUGCUUUUAAAUCAGAAAAUCCCCUUUUCACUAUUAUCAUUCGUCCAUCCUACGUUAAUGGCAAGGAUCGUGCGAGUUUACCCCAAGACAUUAUCAACUACUUACCGAGAGAAGGGUUUACCAAGGACUACACCAAAGCAAGUAUACUCCCUGUCAAGCUCCAGAUUGUGGACUGA